UAUUAUAUUAUCUAAAUAUGAAUGACUACAGGCAUCUAUGUUGGAGAUGACAAAGUUAUACAUUUCACUAGACGUGGCCAAGAAGUAGGAACAGGAACUGUGUUAGACGUGAUUCUAGUAAGCUCUGGACCAUCUCGACCUCGUGUACCUUGUGCCACGUGUACCCCACCUGAAGACGGUCAUGGGGUUGUGUCCUCAUGUUUGAAUUGUUUCCUUGCUGGUGGAAUUCUGUAUCGCUUUGAGUAUGCAGUUAGCCCUGCUCUUUUUCUGGCGAAAGCACGCGGAGGGACUUGUACUCUUGCCGUCUCGGAUGCUGAUGACCUUGUCGUCCAUCGAGCAAAAUACCUGCUUGACAAUGGAUUUGGUUGCUAUAAUGUAUUUAAAAACAAUUGUGAGGACUUUGCAAUUUACUGCAAGACGGGAAUGCUCGUGCUUGACCAAAGUACACUGGGACAAAGUGGACAAGCUGUAUCGAUUAUAGGUGGCCCUCUUGCUGCCGUUUUGUCUACACCACUACGUCUCGUGACCACCAAUGUUUAUGGAAUGGCAGCAACUGCUAUUGGAGUUUAUUGUGCCAGCCGAUAUGCAGCUGAUAUUGGCAUGAGGAAGGAUGUGGUUAAAGUACCGGUUGAGGAUCUUACGAGGAGGCUUGCCACGGGUUUGCUUCAGGUCGUUGAACCGACUCUUCCAACUUUUCCAUCUCCGAACAGCUAGUGUCCAAAGUUGAUUUCAAACCAUGUGUGUAAACUGAAUGUUGAGUUUACAUGGCUGUGCUAUUUAUCCAUUGAGCAGUAAGAUGUGUGCUCUUAUUUGUUGUUGCGUACGAUGAUACAUCAACUUGUGCACUUUUAUGUUGCGUACAAUAAUGAAUUGAUAUAUGGUUUUUUAUGUUGUGAUGGGUGGAUUUGUGAUC